AUGUCACAAACAGCUCCAACAUCGUUAUUUUUGGCCGGCACGGAUGUAAUCUCGGUAGAAAACAUAAAAUCGCCUAUACCAACGAGAUCGUAUCCCAGAAGACCUAUACAAAAACACAGAUACCAAUUACAACUAGUGUGGAGAAACGUGAUUGGUUUCAUUGUGUUACACCUGUUAGCCCUUUACGGAUUAAUGCAUGGGAUCCAAGUAGCCAAAAGAAACACUAUAAUUUUCAUGUUCGUUGUUGGAUAUUUUGGCGCUGUAGGAAUUACAGCAGGUGCUCAUCGUUUAUGGGCUCAUAAAUGUUACAAAGCUAAAUGGCCUUUACGUUUGUUGCUGAUGUUUUUCCAAACGAUGGCUUUUCAAAAUCACAUUUACGAAUGGGUACGAGACCAUCGCGUACAUCAUAAAUUCACCGAUACUGAUGCCGAUCCGCACAAUUCAAAACGCGGAUUUUUUUUCUCCCAUAUUGGUUGGUUGAUGGUGAAAAAACAUCCGGACGUUAUGAAUAAAGGCAAAACCGUAGACAUGAGUGAUUUAACCCGAGACGCCAUAGUAAUGUGGCAAAAAAAACAUUACCUCGCAAUUAUGCCCAUCUGUACUUUCGUAAUUCCGACCAUCAUUCCGUGUUACUUUUGGAGGGAAAAAGUAUACGUGUCGUUUAUUAUUGCCGUCUUGAGAUACGUCCUGUCCCUCAACUUCACUUGGUUGGUCAACAGCGCCGCUCAUAUCUGGGGAAUGAAACCAUACGAUAAGACAAUCAGUGCCACCGAAAACAUUUCAGUAGCCACGCUCACAUUCGGAGAAGGAUUCCACAACUAUCAUCACGCUUUUCCCUGGGACUACAAAGCAGCCGAAUUGGGAAACUACACUUUCAAUUUGAGCACCGCAUUUAUCGAUUUAUUCGCCAAAAUAGGAUGGGCUUACGAUAUGAAAGUAGCUUCCAAGGAAAUCGUUUUACAAAGAAUGAAACGAACCGGCGACGGUAGCCAUUCGCACGAUAGUGAAAUUUGGGGCUGGGAUGACGUCGAUAUGGCACCGGAAGAUAAAAAACUCGUCGAGAUCAUCAAUCAAGAGAAAAUCGACUGAGUUUUCAAAACGGGCAAAUCAAUCUUUAAUUUAUUUCAACUUCCGAAUUCAUUUUGAGGAGUAAUCCGCGCGGAUCUCAUGUGAUUCUAGGGUAACCGGUUCAAUUUGCCACUUAGUUUAAAAUCUUCUCAACUGAAGGCUUUCGAAAUCAUGAAUCAAAAUUAAUAUUUCAAAGGAUUUUUCAUAAACAUCGAUUUUUAAAAAAUAUUUCAAAGGAUUUUUCAUGAACAUAGAUUUAAAAAAAAGGUUUUAUAUGAAAAAAAUACAUUGAUGGUCUGAGCAUUAUCAUUAAUCAGGUAUGAGAAAAUGAAAAAUCCUGUAAAUAAACUUCUUUUCAAUUUUUUGACAAAUAAAUUUGUAACACGGUUCAUCUUUAGUUGGCCCAUAUACAUAUAGGCAUCAAAAUUUUACGUUUUUUAUCCCUGAUUGAAUUAAAAAAAAAAAAAAAACAAAAACGAUAGGUACUAUACC